AUGUCCAGUCUCGAAUCAGACCGUCUCCUUCAGGAACGGUUCCAAAGGGAAGAGCUCGGCCGCGAGGAAGCAUUCGAGGAGAUCCUUCGGGAUCAGCGUCAUGAGGCCUUACUAGCCGAAAUCGACCAUCAGGCAGGCGAGCGUGCUCGGGCCAAGGCAUUCAGCGAGCUCAUUCUGAGCAUUGAUGAAACACGAGCGAGCGCUGCUCAGGUACGCUGGAAGGCCUUCCGAGAAGCACAAGACUCGCAGGAGCUGUAUGUUCAGAAGAAGGGAGUGGCAAGAAGUGCGGCAUUUCAGAGUGAAAUGGUGUUCUGCCAUGGCCAGGUCAUGACCGCGUUGGAGUUGCAGGAGACGCAAUCAUCAAACUGGCUUGACUCUCGCGGUCCAGUGUCAGAGCACCACCGCCAGCACUGGCAGGACAUCUGCGCUUUUCUCAAGCAUCGGUACGAGCAGCAAUUCCAUGAUAUUCUCCGACCUUGGGUGGCGGUGUUUCACGCGGACUUCGAAGUCUCGCAUAGGGAAAGAGAGGAAGAGGCGGCUCGAGUGAUCGUUGAGUGUCUGACGUCGCGGGGGAAAACCACCGACACAUCAGCAGCCGACGUGUUGCACACCUUACGGACCACUGCACCUAUGCCGUUAUCGGGAACCUCGGAGGGAGAACAGGCGCUUACAAACACUAUCGACAGAGCCGCCUCGGGGCAGGAGGCUUCUCCUCCUCCCAGUGACCCUGACAGCUUAGUGAGUGAUGAGGACGAAGAGCAGCCCGCGAAUACGCAGAGGGAAGAUAUCCCCGCUUCUUUGCAAGAUCCUCCCGGAGAUGAUGUCACCGUACCAAACCCGGGCCAAAACGCAGGCCAAGGGCGGUGUCAGCAGGAGAGCGAAACUCCUCCCGCUGGAAACGAAGCCGCUGGCCCUGGAGGCACGAAGAUCGCGUUGUUGUCCCUUGGUGAACAAUUCCAACAAAGUCAGGCCAACCGUGAACAAAGAUUCAAAGACCAGGAACAGGAAAUGGAACAGCGCUGGGUCGAUGAGGAAACAACUCGGGCUUGCGCAGGGGCCGACAGAGACGCGAUGUUCGAGUCGAAGAUGCAUGAUUCAGCGCAUAGGUUCACCCAGGAGAUGGAAACGUAUGACAAGAUAUUUCAUGCCCAGCAGCAAGCACGCUCGCCCGACGAUGCCGAAAUCACAUUUCAGGAAGUCUUGGACGAAUGGCAACACCACUUCGAAGUCUGUGAAUCCCGGAUAAAUGCCUCGUACAAAGCUAUGGCAGGAGCACAAGACGACGUCAUGCGGGCGAUGCAGUGCACGGUAGAUGAGGUUGCCGAACGUCAGAUUGAUUGGUUAGAUGACGCCCGGGCUAGGCAAAUGCUGGCAUUUCUCAAAGUCGCCUGCAGCCUGGACCCCACCCUCGAGGGGGAAGAGUCAGAAUGGGCAUCCGUCCGACAUCGCAUAGCGAAUAAGAACAGAGACAGACGGGCAAAACGAGGCGACUCGAUGGACGAGAAGACGCACUCAGAUUCAUCAAGCAGCGAGGUGAGCGAGUCAGAUUCAUCAGACGGAGAAAUGAGCGGAGACGGUGAGGCUGAAGAAGAGACUCCGCCACCGAUCGCACCAAUGCGUGCACCAAAAAGGACUCCGUUUGAGCGAAUGCUCAAGUCAAUGGCCGGCGCGGAAAGAUCGUCAGCACCUGCGACAGGUGUGGCGAAAGUGAUCCACGAGCAGGACCACCAAAAGCUGUUUCAAGAAUCACAAGAGAAGAUGAAGAUGUUAUUCCAGAAGAACAUGAAGAAACGCCGGCAGGAAUUCACCGUGAGCGAAGCGAGUCGUGAGCACGCCUUUGCGCAGGCCCAACUUGCGUGGAGGUGUCUAUGGCGUGCACAGGAAGUAUCUCAAGACGACAGUUUUCUCGACUCCCAGAUGCGGAGGGCCGAAGACUUCCAGACAAGCGAAGCGGAGCGCAGAGUUCUCUUCCGCGACGCCGAGACCGAAAGGAGGGAGGAAUUCCUCGCAUACCUUCAAGACAGCCGAAAGAAAUUCGAAAAAGACCAAAAGAGACGACAAGCACGGUGGAGGCGGUCCGAAGACGCCCGCCGGUCGGAGUUCUCGAGCUGGGAGCAGAAACAUGUUGUGCAGCUCGAGGGGAUGGUGGUGAAAUACCAGGGGCUGUUUCGCGCGGACGAGCGCAUGCGCGGGUUGAAGUUUGAGGAGGCGUUCCGGCGGAAGAAGGAGGAGACUGGACGGCUUGCUUGA